GAGGCCACAUGUUUUGGGAGCAGGGGAUAGCGCGGGGAGAGGAGAAUUGGCGGCGGUGCAAGCCGAGGAGGGAGAGGAAGCAAGAGCGAGACGCCGCCUGCGAUGACACCGGCUGCAUCCGCCGCCGACACUGUCAUCGUCUUCGCAGCCGUCCCGAGCGAGCAGAGCCACCGCGCCGCGGCGCCGUCCGUCCCGUCGUCCUACGCCGUCUGGGAGAAGGAGCGGUAACAGCUGCGAGACGUGCGUCCUGCUGCCGCGAGGAAAGGCAUGGAGGUGGAGGCCGCCAAGUGCGAGUGCUGCGGCUUCACGGAGGAGUGCACGCCGUCGUACAUCGCGGCGGUGCGGGCGGAGUACCUGGGCCGAUGGGUCUGCGGGCUCUGCGCCGAGGCGGUGGGCGACGAGAUCCGCCGCGCGGGCGCCGCGGAGACGGUCAUCACCACGGCCGAGGCGCUCGACCGCCACGUCGCGUUCGCGCGCGCGCCGCACGCCCCCGCCAUGAGGGCGCAGGCAAAGGACGACCUCGUCGCGGCCGUCGCGCGGCUGCUCCGGCGCUGCCUCGACUCGCCGCCUCCGUCGCCGGCACCGCAAGGCCGGAAGGUGGCCACGGGACCCGGGUGCCCCGACGGGGCCGAUGACUGAAGGCUGCUGGGCGCUAAUCAUUGGGGUUUGGUUGGAGCUAAUGGCGAAUUAAUAAAGUAGUUGAGUGCAACAAUAAAACUUUGGAGGUCAUGUUCUUGUGCAGCUUUGUUUGUGUAGGUCGUCUUCCUGAAGAAUAAUUUGUGCUGUGAUUAAUUGAUGAUUGCUCGAGAGAGGAGUAAUCAAGCUCCGUAUGAUCGAGCAUGAAGUUAUGUGUUGGUAUAGCAUCUAGCUAUGAUCUGUCCAAUUGUACCGGCUAUUGUAGAAACACUGUAAUGUAAUGGAUCGGAGCUAUGGUGUUUAAGCCUUGCGAUGAUAUAUACUAGCAUAUGACAGUGUUCAUGUAAA